AUUGUUCCAAAUUUGCCGCGGAAAGUAAGGAAGUGAUGGAAGAGCGAAAAGUUUUAGUUUCGGAUCGUUGUCAAUAAAUUGAAUCUGGCUAUUUCAGCAUGACAGGAGAAAGCUUCCAGAAGCAGCUGCUGAGGGACUCCUGGUUUCUCAGGGUAGACCGCAGAAUGGACUCCAGGCUCUUGGAUAGACUCAUCCUGGAGCUCAACCAGAGCUCACCUCAGAUACUCACAUACGCAGAAGCGCAUAAAUUACAGAACCUGGAUGUGCCCACCUGUUUGCGAAUGGCUGAGCUCCAGACCAACCUGCUAGGGAAGGGGGAGGAGGCAUGUCACCAGCUGUACCGGCUGCUCCACCUGCACGCGGAGGCCGUGUACUUCAGCCUUCCCACACGGACCCCUCACCCUGGAAACACAGAGCAAGCUCAUAAAUCCCCCCCGGAACGAUUUGUACUUAACAACAGGGGUCCUUGGUUUUUCGUCAGUUGCUUUGGACUUGCUGUAGGGGGCGCUCUACUGUAUUACUACAGUGAUGGUGCCCUGUGGGAUGGUGCCAGGGCGGUGUUGGCAUAUACAGCUCUGGGCUUCAGCAAACCAGCCACCUCGCUGUUGCUGUUAUAUGCAGAAAAUAUGGGCAAAAAUCAUUAGGACAAGCAAGGGGUCCAUCCGUCCAUGUUCUGGCGGCUUCUUCUAACCAGGGAAACCUGGAGCCUAUCCUAGGCAGUACAAGGCUGGGGAACACACUGGGCAGAUGGAUGCCUGCCCUUAGGAGGGAGGCAGUACAAGGCUGGGGAACACACUGGGCGGAUGGAUGCCUGCCCUUAGAAGGGAGGCAGUACAGGGCUGGGGAAACACUGGGCGGAUGGAUGCCUGCCCUUAGAAGGGAGGCAGUACA